AUGUUCAAAAAAGAUCUCCAGGGCGCCCCCAAGUCCAAGCUCAAGUCCUCCGUCCAGCGCUCGCUACGCCAGUCCCUCCUGACCACCUACCCGCUCCUGGCCCCCUACAUCGAUGAGAUCCUACCCAAGAAGGGCUCCCUCGAGGCCAUGAAGCUGCCCGACCGUGCCACCCUCUACGUGCUCGACGGCGAGCCCCUCUUCUUCCAGGUCGACACCAACACCCUCCUGCCGCACCUCAAGCUCGUCCACCGCUUCCCCGCCGGUUUCCCCAGCAUACGCAUCGACCGCGGCGCCAUCCGCUUCGUGCUGAGCGGCGCCACCCUCAUGGCCCCCGGCCUGACCAGCCCGGGCGGCCGUCUGCCGAGCGGCAAGGGAGGCGAGCCCGAGGGUCUGGAUGAGGACGACAGGUGGACCCGGGAGCUGGAGAAGGGCGAGCCCGUGGUGGUGAGGGCCGAGGGCAAGACGGAGGCCUGCGCCGUCGGUUUCCUCGUCGAGGGCACGAAGCUGGUCAAGGAGAAGGGCAAGGGACCCGUCAUCGAGGACGCCCAUUACCUUGGAGAUGGGCUCUGGCGUCUGGGCACGGAAUAG